AUGGUGAAGGGAAAUCUGACUGAAGUGACAGAGUUCAUCCUCCUUGGUUUCACAGACAACCACCACAUACAAAUCCUCCUUUUUGUGAUGAUUUUGGGGAUCUAUACUGUAAGCCUGGUAGCAAACCUUGGCAUGAUCACACUCAUCAGCAUUGAGUCUCGGCUACACACCCCCAUGUAUUUUUUCCUUCAUAACCUGUCCUUUGUAGAUCUCACUUAUUCUACUGUUAUUGCACCUAAAACACUAAUGAAUUUCUUAGCUGCAAGAAAAGUAAUCUCAUUCACUGGCUGCAUUGCACAAUUCCUCUUUCACUCAAUCUGUAUCAAUACUGAGGUUUUGAUUCUGGCUGUGAUGGCAUAUGAUCGAUUCAUAGCUAUAUGCAGACCACUACUUUAUACACUCCUUAUGUCCAGGAAAGUCUGUUUUCACCUUGUGAUUGGGUCAUAUUCCUGUGCUUGUGCCUGUGCCAUUGUGCACACAGGUUCUUUGUUUAGUGUGUCUUUUUGUGGCCCUAAUGUCAUCAAUCACUUUUUCUGUGACAUCCCUCCACUCCAGAAACUCUCCUGCUCUCAUUCUCACUUCCGUGGCAUGGUCCAUUUUGUCUUUGCUGCUGUAGCUGCAUUAAGUACUGUUCUAAUCAUUUUUGUAUCCUAUCUGUGUAUUAUCUUUGCCAUCCUGCAGAUCCGCUCUGCCAAGGGCAGGCACAACGCUUUCUCCACAUGUGCCUCCCAUCUGACAACUGUCUCCAUGUUGUAUGGGACACUGUUCUUUAUGUAUGUACGACCUACAACUAGCAAGUCAGCAGACCAGGACAAACUCUUAGCUGUGUUCUAUACCCUGGUAAUCCCGAUGCUUAAUCCCCUGAUCUACAGCCUCAGAAACAAGGUGGUCAAAGAUGCCCUGAAAAAGAUAUUACAUUAG